UUAUAGUCCACUUCAAAGCGAAGCUGUCCCAUAGAUAAGACUUCACCAAUAUCUCACACAAUAUAUAAGUAUAGCAGUCUUCUACCACCAGAAAUGUCACACAACUCCUAAGCCAAUCUUUUCUUUAAUCAAGUCAAUCUUUUCUUCAAUGGCUUUUUCAUUAACCAGAGUAAACCGAGUUCUUAUUCAAGCAUGUGAAACGACCCCAUCAGUAGUGUUGGAUCUGUCCUUAAUCGAUAAUAUUCCGGUUCUACGAUGUUUCGCUAGAACAAUACAUGUGUUUACUCAUGGACCUGAUGCAGCUAGAGCCAUACAAGAGGCAUUGGCUAAAGCACUUGUCUCUUACUAUCCCUUGUCCGGUAGAUUGAAAGAGUUAAACCAAGGUAAACUUCAGAUCGAUUGUACCGGGAAAACUGGAAUUUGGUUCGUUGAUGCGGUUACUGAUGUUAAGCUAGAGAGUGUUGGUUAUUUCGACAAUCUAAUGGAAAUACCUUACGAUGAUCUCCUUCCUGAUCAAAUCCCUAAAGAUGAUGAUGCAGAACCGCUUGUCCAAAUGCAGGUGACCCAAUUCUCUUGCGGCGGUUUCGUAAUGGGCCUUAGAUUUUGCCACGCAAUUUGUGACGGCCUUGGAGCGGCCCAAUUCCUUACCGCGGUCGGAGAAAUCGCCUGCGGCCAAACGAAUCUCGGCGUCUCUCCCGUCUGGCAUAGAGAUUUCAUUCCACAGCAGCACCGUGCGAAUGAUGUCAUAUCUCCGGCAAUCCCUCCGCCGUUUCCACCGGCGUUUCCAGAAUACAAGCUAGAGCACUUAAGCUUUGAUAUCCCAUCAGAUUUGAUCGAACGGUUCAAACGUGAGUUUCGUGCGUCGACCGGAGAGAUUUGUUCAGCCUUCGAGGUCAUCGCCGCUUGUUUCUGGAAACUUCGUACGGAAGCGAUAAAUCUGAGAGAGGAUACAGAAGUGAAGCUCGUAUUCUUCGCUAACUGUCGUCAUCUUGUUAAUCCGCCGCUCCCGAUUGGUUUCUACGGCAACUGCUUCUUCCCGGUGAAAAUCUCCGCCGAAAGCCACGAAAUCUCGAAGGAGAAAUCAGUGUUCGAUGUGGUGAAAUUGAUCAAACAAGCGAAAACGAAGCUACCGGAGGAAUUUGAAAAGUUCGUCAGCGGCGACGGAGACGAUCCGUUUGCGCCGGCGGUGGGAUAUAAUACGCUGUUUUUAUCGGAGUGGGGAAAAUUAGGAUUCAAUCAGGUGGAUUAUGGAUGGGGUCCACCAUUACACGUGGCACCAAUCCAAGGGUUGAGUAUUGUCCCUGCUGGCAUCGUAGGAUCUGUGCCGUUGCCGAAGAAAGGUGUACGUUUGAUGACGUGGUGCGUCGAGGAGACUCAUUGCCAAUUGUUCGAUGAUUUGAUGACAAAUAAAUUGACAUCUAACAAAACCGAAUAAUCACUAAUCCAGUUUAUUAAAAUAUUGUAUAGUGGAAUUUGGGAAAACGAGUAAGAAAAUUCAUUGGCUGCUUGAAAGUUGAUUCGUUACGUACUGAAGUGUAAUGUGCACAUAAUAAUAAUAAUAAAAAUUGUAAAGAAAAAGUUAUGAGUCAUUCAUUUGCCAGCUAAAACAAAUGCAAGUUGCAUAUAAGAAAAUCAAUCUGA